CGCCUGGCGGCUAGCACUGGCACUAGCGAGCUGUCAGAAUCGCAAAAAAAUCAAUACCAACCCCCAACCCUCCUCGUUAAAAAUGUAAAUGCGAAAAAAUUCGAUACUGUGCAGCCAUACGCGACGGUCGCAGCGUUUCACCAUUCACAUACUCUCUGCCCCCCACACGCACGGCACCGCAAUCGAGGAAAAACGCCCGAAAUUGUCCAAAGCUCGGAACGGUAACUGAAGCUGCCCCAAUCCCUGGCUGUGUAUUCCCACAUUCGAGCCCUCGCCAGUGCGUCCCAGAAGCCAGUGAAAUAUUGCAAGCCGGCAAAAAGAAAAAAAAAGAAAAAAGAAUCGCGAGUGGAACGGGAAAGAAAUUGUGUGAAAAGUGUUUCAUCAAUCGCACUCAUCAUCUGGGAUUCCGGACUCCGAACAUACUCCGUACAUACAUACGUACAUAUGUCAAGUGCAGGGCGCCAGGAACAAAGCUAGAAGACGGCGUCGUCAGCGGGAGCGCCACCAGAAGCAGCGGCAACAUACGCUAAUUUGAUUGCUCGACGGCGGCUGCGGCAGCAACGGCGUCGUCGGCGGUCACGGUGACGACGACAACGACAACGACACCAAUAGCAACAGCAACAAUAAGCUGCAAAGACGGCUGUGAAGGCGGUUCUGGUGUCAGCGUCGGCGUCGGCGUCCUGCCAUAGGCUGUGACGGAGGAGACCACCGCUCUUCCUCCUCCUCUUGCUGCUGCUGUUGUUGCUAUUGUUGUUGGUGGCGGCAGCAGGUACAACAAUGAUAAGCAGAACCGAUUCACAGACAUAACACAUUGCGGUGGAGGUUGAGAAGAACGGCAUGGUGAAAAUGGAAUCCACGGAAGAACAGGAUCGAAAGCUAGUCUUGGAGUUUUGCCAUUUGCUAGAGAAAUCCAAGCAGCUCUUCAAUGGGCUCAGGGAUCUGCCGCAAUAUGGUCAUCGGCAGUGGCAAGCGUAUUUCGGACGCACCUUCGAUGUCUAUACAAAAUUGUGGAAAUUCCAGCAGCAACACCGCAUGGUGCUCGACUCCAAGUACGGACUGAAGCGUUGGCAGAUUGGCGAGAUAGCAAGCAAAAUUGGCCAGCUCUAUUAUCACUAUUACUUAAGAACCAGCGAAACCAACUACCUGAAUGAGGCGUAUCAGUUUUAUGCGGCAAUACGUGGACGGGCGUAUUACUCGCGGGCAGCCAAGGAGGAUCGGCCCGAUCUGAUGGUGAAAAAGCUGCGCUAUUAUGCCCGCUUCAUUGUCGUCUGUCUGCUGCUCAAGAAGAUGAAGCUGGUGCGCGAACUGGUCACCGAACUGGAGAAGCAGAUACAGGAGUACACCAACACUUUUCUCAGCUACGAGCCGGAGGAUCAUUUGGAAUGGUCGCUGGUUUUGGAGGAGAUCAAGGGCUUCAUCAAGGCCGAGGCAGCCGUAGCCGUACUGCAUGCCGAUUCCAAUCCCAUCAUAUUAUCGCACAGUGGUUCCGGUUCUAGGUUAUCGCCGCUGACAACGCCGCCCUGCGAGCGGUCGCCGCACAUGACGCUGAGCCUGCAGGAGAUCCUGAUCGUGGGCUCUGCCUGUGAGCAGGCCAAGUUCUCGGAACUGACCAUGGACAUGUUCCGGAUGCUGCAGACGCUGGAGCGAGAGCCAACGGAAUCGGCAACGAAUCCGCUGAGCAUGGCGCAUGGCCUGCACGGACACGAUGCCAGUCCUGCGGCCAGUCGCAUACCACCCUACGGUGUGCCAGGAUCCAAGGGUUACCAGGAGAAUGGCCGUCAUUUUCGAGACAAUCCUCACAAGUAUCUACUUUAUAAGCCUUCGAUUAGCCAGCUGAUGGUCUUCCUCGCCAGCGGCGUUAGGGAACUGCCACUGGGUGGCGCCUUACUCUUGUACAUGUCCGCGGACGGCUGUUUCUCCACCACAAAACAUCCCGAAGACUUUGGAUAUGAGCUGGGCGGCGUCGCCACCUGCGCCAAGCGGGACAGUGUCGAUGGCGGGGGACUGUCGUGUCGCGGGAAAUCGUACAAGGAGAACCACUGCCUAUAUCCGGGUGAUCUCUAUCCGUUCACACGCCGGCCCAUGUUCAUUGUCAUCGACUCGGACAACUCGUUCGUCUUUCAGCACAUACCCCGCUACUUUGGCCAGCCGCUGGUCGUACUCAUGUCACCGCAAGAUGUACCAUCCGCAUUUCAAGCCGAUGUCCAGCAUCAUGGAUCGCUGUUUACGUUGUUCCUGCACUCCCCGCUCACGGCCCUCUGCUACAUUUGCAAUGUGGGCGAUGUGCCCAUCCAUCAUUGGGAACGCUGCCAGACCUAUGUGGAUCGCUUCAUAACGGAGGCCUCGCGCCUGGUCACGCGUUGCCGCAUGGAUGAGAUCGAACAGGGCAUAGGCUGUAUAGACUCAUCGUAUGUUCAGUUCUUUGGCGACGACUUUCUGCGCACACUCAUCUUACGUUUCGUCUUCUGUGAUGUGGUGCUGCGUUUGCAUCGUGGGUUCCGUGGUCGCCACAUGCGGCCGCGCUGCGAGCCCCAGCUGCCAGCCAGCGAGCUUCUGGAGCAUCCAUCGCUAUCGCACAUUGUCUUUCAGCUGGCCUCGGCUCUCGAUGUGCGCGGCCAUUUCUCGGAGGGGCCGGAGUGCGACUGAUGAUUUUUUUUGGCCGUAGUCUUAGUCCUAGUCUUAAUUGUCUGCAUGCGACAGCAGCUCUACCAGAUCCUUUGCUCUUACUUUUCCGCUUUGAUGCAUUUGCUGUACAAUACUUUUCCGCAAGGUUGGACUUGGAGCUGGCACUGGAUCUGGGCCUUGGGCUCUAUAGAGGGGGUAUAAGGGGAAGGGGGUCUUUUGGGAGUUUCUACUCAUUUUUUUUUUAGUGGGGGUUAAGUAUCCUAACUGCCUGGCUGCUGUCCACGCAUGGGCGUAAUUCAUUUUAAUAAUAACGUACAACAUAACGACAUAACAUAAUAAUACAAGUAUGAAUAUAAAUAUAUAUAAUAUAUGCAUAUAUAAAGUCAAGUACGAGUAAAUAUAACACGUAAUCAAGUAGCUAGUUUUCUUAUAUAGUGCGUCGCGCAAUGGAAUGGUCCAAUGUUAGUUGCUUAGCAUAUACAUACAUGAUAAAUGAUAAAUCUAAUGAUAACGACACAUAUACAUACAUGAAAUCAAUGAUAUUAAACCAAUAUCACAGCAACAGCAACGCAACAGAAAGAAAAACAACAACAACAACCACAAAACAUGUCAAAAACAAACCUAACAAAACGAUAACUGCCAAAAGAAAAUGAUGGGAAAACAUUUCCAAAGUUGAAAUCAAAUUUUGUUGAAGCGAGUUCGUGGGACGAGGACGGGGCAAUUUUUGUAUUGAAAUUGGGUGAACUUUUUUUGUAUGGGUCUAGGAUCGCCUGAUCAGAAAGAUAUAUAAGGAUAUGUAAACUUUUGUCAUACGCAGCGGAAAAACAUUUUAGCUUUUAUACAAAAUAAAAACCAUUAUUGAAUGUGAAUUAUGAACACGACACACUAUAUAAGAAAGGGAAUGCAUUGCGUUUUUUUAUGCAUUGCACACGGCGGCGCGCUCAUAACAAAUUAAAUUUAAAAUUAAAAUUACAAACAAAAAAUUACGAAACCAGAAUAUUAUUGUACGUAUGUAAUAUUGCAUAUAUUGUAUGUAUGUAUUAUUAUUAUUAAAAGAUGACUGAAAGUUACUGUUUCAACACGGGAAAAUACGGAAAUAAGAAAAUGGGAAACCCGAAAACCAAAAGGAAAGUCUAGCAAAAAUAAUAAUUAAAAAUAACGUUUAUACAUAAAGCCCUAGAUAAGCGGAAACUAAGUGGGAAAAAUAUACAAAAUAUAUUUUGCGUAUGUUAAAGUACGAGUACUCGUAAAAUACAAAAAGCCCAACCAACAUUUUAUACGAAACCGAACGACAAAUGCAUACAAAAAAGUUUACAAUGUAACUAAAACGAAAAAUCUGUUCUUUUCUGGAAUCGUUUCUCCAAAAUAUAUUAAAAUUUCAGUUUUCAGUUCGGUUCAGCUUAGACCCUGAAUCAUCGCAUUAUAAUAUAUUAAACAGUUAUAAUAAAAUAUAGUUGCAAGUCACACGAACCGAACUCUAUGGAUUUAUAGGCAAAUGAUAAACGCAAUAUUGAAAGUAACGAAAAAAAUCAUAUAUAUUUCAAUAUGAAAAUAACACUAGUUGAACGCAUAGUAAAUCGAUCAUUUUAUACGAGGCCGGCCGCAAACGGACAUAAAGGGAAGCGAUAUCGGAUCGUAACAAAGGAAAACGAGAGGAAAACAGUUUAACAAUUACUUUACUAUUAUGGUUUACUAUCGAAUAAUAUGUGCAUUUUUUAUAUAUUUAAAGAAAAACUAACGAAAAGCAAACCAAAACAAAUUUUAUGCUAGCUACAAACGAAUUUUUCUGAAGUCUUCAAGCAGCCUACAACAAAAAGAUAAUACAACUCAACUAAUUUAUUCAGCCGAGUUCUUAAACUUAUUCGCUUUGUUAACUAACAAAUUGUAUAGCUUUUUCACAAUUUCGUUUACACCUUUUGUACAUACAAUACAUGCGAGUAUAUGGGAAAAUACCUACUAAAAGGAAACAAAUGUUGAAGAAACCAAAAUAUAUAUCACCCCUCCUCACACACUCAUUGUAUCAUUUCCAUUCAGGUUUUUGUACAUUUUGAGAACUGCAUUUAUGAGAUAGCGACAACAAAUAAGGGGAGAACGAAGAAAAAAAUAUGAAAACCACAAAAAAAAAGGAUCACAAAUAAUCAGCAACAUUAACCACACACACACACACACACUACACCACAUCACACUCACACGUAAACGAAGCCCACAAAUGAAUACAUUUAAACAUUAUCAUAAACAAAUUGUUUAAAAGACAUGCAACCAAAGUCACAAAUAACAUUAUAAAACGACAAGAAAAUAAUAUAAAAAAAUGAUAACAAAUUUAGCAAAGCCACAAGAAAAUAGUAUGGAAACGAAACGAAAUGGGAGAUAAAGAAAGGAGAAAGUGUACGAGUAUGGGAGUUUGUAUGAGUAAUAAGAAUAAAGCACACGUUUGAAAAGAGA